AUGUUAACCUUCUACGACGUGGCCAUGGGUCCCCCCCUCCACCAGCGCAACAGCGCCGUGAAUCCCUGGAAGUCACGACUGGCCCUGAACUUCAAGAACAUCCCCCACCAAACCACCUGGGUCCCCCUCCCCAACAUCACCAAAGUCCGCACCAACCUCGGCAUCCCCGCCUGUCGCAAGUUCGCCGACGGCACAGACUUCUACACCCUCCCCAUACUAACCGACCCCACCACAUCCGCCAAGAUCGGCGACUCCUUCGACAUAGCCAUCUACCUGCACAAACAAUACCCCAACUCAGGCGGCAAUCUCUUCCCACCCCAACCCCUAGAAUACACCUACGAUCCAGGCGUGGAUAUCCUCGUCCCACUGUCAGAUAUCAACGAAUCAGAGUACCCGCAAUAUGCACGGUUCAACGCAAAUGUCGACGCAGUCUUCACAAUGCAUACCAUGUUAAUGGUUGGCGGAAUGCCAUUUGAUCCUGAGACAGAAGAUGAGGCGAAGAAGGAAUUCCUGCGGCGUGCGGGGCUGAGUUCCUGGGAUCAGUUUGCGAUUGGGGUGGAGGCGAGACAGCAGAUGCUGCAGUCUUUUGAGAAGGCGCUGGCGGAUUUGGCGAAAUUGUUUGGGGAUGGUCCUUUUAUUACGGAGGAGGCUAGUUAUGCGGAUCUUAUUGUGGGGGGUUGGUUGCGGAUGGCGAAUCGGACUUUGCCGAAGGAGGAGUGGGAGGCUUUGAGGGGGUGGCAUGGGGGUGUUUUUGGACGGUUGCAUGAUGCUUUGGAGGUUUGGGCUGGUGUUAAUUAG